AUGGACUUCACAUUGUUUGCACUGUGUCGAGCUUUGGACGUUGCAGCAAUCACUCUCUGGACUCGAAGCCGAUCCAAAUCAUGGCACCCCGAACGACGAGCACCAGCGAUCACAAAUACUGUUCGACGGCUUGCCGACCCUGGAGUCUUUGCCACAUCUGCUGCGAUCAUCAUGUGGUCCUGGUUUUAUUCCCCACACCGACUCCCUAGGGCAUACAACAUUUGGAUCUCCAAGAUAGCGGAUAUCGAUGAACGUCUCAUUCAAGCCCUUAGACUAGCUCGACAAGGAGACUUUGUGUAUGGACAUGACACAGGCCAGGCGCCCCUCCUCGAGCCUCUAUGCAAAGAGCUCGGCCUGUCCGAAGCUUUUGCAGAUCCGUCCAAAACAAUACCCAUUCCGUGCGAACUCUAUCAUUCCGGGACAGGAACGAGCUGCGAAGUCCACGCAGCGACACGUUUCUGGCGGAGUUGGAAAUUUGCUUUCGAACUUUAUCUGCCACUUCAGAUUCUGGCACGUUUCAGGAAUUUCAAGCUCAAUGUAAUUGUGGAGGUACUAAAGGCGACUGCCAGGUCCUCUUCAUUUCUCGCGGCCUUCGUUUCGUUAUUCUACUACGCGGUUUGCCUCGCCCGUACCCGACUGGGACCAAAGCUGUUGUCGCCAAAAAAAGUGACCCCUCAAAUGUUGCUUGGCCUGUGGAUGGUCCAUAUUAUUGGAGAAGCCAGGUCGAAGGCAAGAGAUAACCUUCUUUGUGGCUCCGAGAGCCCUGGCAACGGUCCUGCCACGGGUGUAUGA